CCGAAGGAACUGAUCAGUUUCACACAAUGAAGACGAUGCUUGCACUAGUAGUCUUGGCCGUCGUGGCUACCCUUUGUCAGGCCGGUGUUUACGGUGGCUACGGCUAUGGACAUGGUGGCUUCGGUGGUGGAUACGGCUACGGAGGAGGACAUGGAGGUUACGGCUAUGCCAGUGGAGUGUCUACCAACAACUUCCACCUUGCUGGUCCCAGAUAUGGUGGAAUCAUCGGAUAUGGACAUGGUGGUGGAUAUGGUGGCGGCUACGGUGGCUAUGGCGGCUACGGACAUGGAGGGUAUGGUGGCUUUGGCUUCGGUGGCGGUUUCGGUGGCCACGGUGGAUACGGAUACGGCAAGUAAACGACCCGACACACGAAAUCAACACAGAAUAAGUUUUAUUUAAGAUAUUCAACGAUGUUAUUGAAGUUCGCAAGCACGACCAAUGAUCUUCCACGUGUAUAUA